AUGCUGUCUCCUCCCUCUUCUCUCUCACUUCAUUUCAUCUUCUUUCUCACUAAGUCAUUUCGUCACUUUUGUCUCAUCAUCAUCUCACGAAUUUCUUUUCUGUGUUGGUCUUCGUCAUUGUAUCUAGGAUUUCUUUUCUUUCACAUUUUUUCUUCCAUUCUUUUCAAGUUAUUUACUAUCUAUAUUUUCUUUCUUUCUUUUAUAUAUAUAAAUAAUUUCUUACUUUUUCACUUUAAUAUUUGGCCUUUCUGUCUUGGCGUCAGAGGUUCCCAUUUUUUCCUCUUGUACUUUUUCUUAUUUUUCUUUCUUUCUUUCACUAUACUUUCUUCCCAUUUUCUUUCUUUCUUAUUUACUAUACUUUCUUCUUAUUUUCUUUCUUUAGUUUUUCUUUCUUCCUUUCUUCUUCUUCUACAACUACUACUGCUACUUUUACCCCACAAAUUCCUCCUCCUGCUCCUCUUCUUAAUCUCAGCUGUCUAUCUUUCCAAUUUAUUUCUUCUUUUUAACUUGUUACCUUUUCCCUCCUCCUCCUCCUCCUCCUCCUCCUUCUUCUUCUUCUUCUUCUUCUUCUUCUUCUUCUUCUUCUCGUCCACUUCCAAUUCCUCCUACUUCCCGUUUAUUCUUGUUAAGAAAUUCCAUUUCAUGGCAAAGGAAUUUUCUUUUCAUUUUCCCCAUAUGCCCUACCAUACUUUCGAACUUACCUGUUCUUACAUAUUUUCGUGUUGA